GCUUUGGGUUUAGUAUCAAAAGUCAUCCCUAAAACUUUUCAGCAGCUUGUCAAAAAAAAAAGGAAACUGAAUUUGCUUCAGUCUGUUUCUGCCGCUCAGGCUAAAAGGUUUAACUAAGCAAGAAGCAAGAAGAAAAUACAUACAAUGGAUGAUAGGCGCCGUGAGGACUUUGCGAAAGCUUUUUACGUGCUCGACAACCAGGGCCCAAUGGCCAAGCAGCGGCCGCCACGGUGUGAGACCAGAGUGCGGCCGGUUAAUGGCAUUGUGCGGCCCCCGGUGAUGCCGCCACCCAAUCGUAAGGGCAGGGUCACCAAUUUCCUGUUGAAACUGAAAACCGCUGUGAAUGCGAUGUUGCGCCACCCUUCCUCGCUGCACUUUCGCCAACCUGUCGAUGCCGUGAAACUGAAGAUCGGGGACUACCACGAAAAAAUCGCAUACCCCAUGGACUUGAACACAAUCAAGAAAAGAUUUGAGUACACAUACUACUGGGGCGGAGCAGACGUCCUGGAGGACAUUCUAUUGAUUUUCGACAACUGCAGAACCUACAACAGUACGGAUUCGCCCGUGUUUAAAGCUGCUGUCACCCUGUGCGAAAUCUUUUGGCUGCGCAUGGCGAAAAUGCAGAGGGAAUUGCACAAUGAGUGUAAGGCUGAGGCCAAGACCAGGUGUCCGCGGAAGGCCGCCAUUCCAAAACCUUCUCCAUUGCCGAAGACCCCGCGCCAGGCAAAGGCUUCCAUUCCCGUAAAGAUUAAGGUGGAAAAAAAGGAUAAGCCCCAGCUAAAGACAGACGAUCCACUGCCUUCAUUUGAAGCCGUUCCCAAUCUACAUCCGAAACAGUUCACGCCCGUGACACCGGCCCGUCGUGGUCGUGGCCGACCUCCGGGGCCACGAAGUCUGACCCGAGCUGACGCCCAUCGAAAUGCUAUUAUCUCGCAAGCAUUUCCAGCGCAUCAUGGACAGCGACCCCCAAACUUCCUGAAGAACUACGGAACUCGAGUGAAAGUCGAACCACUCCCAGUCGAACCACUUCCAGUCGAACCAGUCCUUGAUCGACUCAGCUUAAAGGCUAUCCUAAAGCCUUUUGAUCUGAAGCUCGAGCGCACAUACGGCCAGACCCUGAUCAAGGCUCUACAUUGUCGUGUGGACUCUUGGCCAUUCAACGAUUCGUCGCUCUGGAUGCAUUUUGGACAAAAUCGUAACUAUGACUUCCAUGAUGAGCCUCUGGAUUGGAACAUACUGGAGAAGAUGCUGGCGGGCGAGCAGUUCAAGAGCUGGAACUGGUUGCUGCUUAAGAUACACCGAAUGCUGGAGAACGCAAUGUCCUGCUUCACCUAUAGCUAUGCGGUCCGCACAGCUACAGUGAAGACCUUCGAAACGUUCGUGGAACUGAUGCGUGAUUAUGAAGAACGCAUGGCGCACGUAAAGGCGACGGCUCAUGAAGAGGUUCGUUUGAAACUUGACGACAUGACACCAUCUGAAAAAGAGGAACUCCUAAAAUAACAUGAAUUAUACAAGAAGGCAAACAUACAUAAAUCAUUCUCAUUGGUUUUGUAACAGAAAUUUUUUUGUAACAGAAAUUUGAAUAAAGAACACAGGCGCCAUCUACCGUGUUUGUUGCGAAGUA